GCGGGAAAAAGGCUUUCUUUCUUUUGAUAUUUUGAGGGGUCUAUAAACUAUGGAAGUAAAUUGGAGUAAAUUAGAAUCAGACAGCUGUCCGAGUCCACGAGAGGGUCAAUGUUCGUGUGUGACGGAGGAUUCCAUGUACGUGUUCGGAGGUGUUGCACACACAGAGACUCAUGCCGAUGAACUGGUGGAAACAAACGAAUUGAUCAAGUUUUCCUUUGCAAAAAAUAAAUGGGAGAAGGUCAUUUUCCAUGGAGAACCUCCGGCAGCUCGUACUGGUGCCAGUCUGGUAGCCGUGGGCAACUCCCUGUACCUGUUUGGUGGACUGAGUCAUUCUACGGGGUGGUUUAAUGAUCUCUUCAAGUUCGAUAUAAAUACUAACUCUUGGUCACCUGUGGAUGCGGAGGGAGCAUUCCCAAGCCCUCGUGACAAGUUACAGGGUGUAGCUGUGGGGCAGUGGAUCUACUACUUUGGGGGGUUCGGUCCUAAAGCUGUGGACUUAGAUGAUGUGGAUGAAGAUGAUGAAGAGUGGGAAGAGGAAGAAAGUGAUGAACUACCGACAGACCAAUCCGGGGCAGACUUUGGCUGGUUCAACGAUCUUCAUGUCUUUGACACAGUAAGCAAGAAGUGGUCACACCCAAUGCAAAUGAAUCUUGGAGUGCCCACCGCCCGAGCUGCACAUGUGAUGUGUGCUGUAGACAAACAGAUUGUCAUCUUUGGAGGAAGGGAUAUAGAAGCCAGACAGAACGAUGUACACAUAUUUAAUACAGAAACAAGAAAGUGGGACACAGAAAUGAAAAUAAAAGGACAAAAACCAGAACCAAGGUCAUUUCAUGCUGCAGUCUCCAUUGGAAGUAAACUGGUUGUCGUCGGGGGACGAGGGACAGAGAACCAACAUUUCGCUGAUAUCCAUGUUUUUGACUGUGAAUCCAAAAGUUGGACCCAGGUGAAGCAGAGUGGGACCGUUCCUGAGGGGAGAAGCCAGCAAUCCCUGGGGGUAGUGGGGGACAAAGUGAUAAUGUAUGGAGGAACCGCUGAUUUCUGUCCAGAGAUCAAUGCAUGUCAGAGAUUCUUCACAGACACCUACACAUUUAAUACAGGUGAUAUAACCAAAACACAGUUACAAAAUGGAAACCAUUCAUAGCAACAACAACGGAUGACCAUUGUUUUUAAUGAAAAAAAAUGAAUAAACUGCAGCUAUUUUAUGGAUCAUGACUGCAAGAAAACCAGUGUAUGAGUUUUGACAUAAGAAUUUCAUAAAAUGAAUUUAACUGUGACCAUUAUAUAAUUUUUUGUAAAAUUUGUUGUCAGAAUUCAAGGAGUUUUGCAGGAAUUUUAAUGUAAGGGACAUGUAGAUAAAUCAAAAUACUUAACAUGUUUUAGGUAAUUUAAUACAUCAUUUGUGAUAUAAUAUGUACUGGUAAGCCUAUGAUUACUCAGGUAAAUCUGUAUGUGAACUUGAUAACAAUCAAUUAAAAAAAUUAUUUUUCCCCACCUAUUGAAUUCAAAUCAAGCAUUAAAAAAAGUUUUUGAUGAAUUCAUUUUACAUUAUUAUAUUAUAUAUAUAUGCUGCAUUUGUUAAAUAUUUUUUAAAAUGUAUAACUGUGAAAUUGUGAAUUUUUAUGGGUUUAUUUUUAAUUACCGGUAAUGUUUGUUGUUUUUUGUGUUAAAAUGAGACGCACAAAUUUGUCCUCCCAUUUAAGACGUAAAACAACUUGGGACUUCAUCAACCACAAAGUUCCUUAAAAUCAGUACUUUUUGCUCAAACUACGAAAAAUUGACCCCACAAAAAUGCGUGUGAUUUAAUAACAGUAAAUUCUGAUCCCCACAAAAAUCUGUGAUUGUGUCUGACAAAGAAAUACCUUUUAGAAAUAAAUAUUUAUUUUACUUAACAUGUGUUUAUUGCUAUGUUAAUUUCAUUUUUUAACAGUAUAUGUACAGUAUAUAUUUUA